AUGCCUCCAAAGUUUGAUCCAAAUGAAGUUAAGUACUUGUACUUGAGAGCUGUCGGUGGUGAAAUUGGUGCUUCCGCUGCUCUAGCUCCAAAGAUUGGUCCUUUGGGUUUGUCCCCAAAGAAGGUCGGUGAAGAUAUCGCCAAGGCCACCAAGGACUUCAAGGGUAUCAAGGUUACUGUGCAACUAAAGAUCCAGAACAGACAAGCUACUGCUUCUGUUGUUCCAUCUGCUUCUUCUUUGGUGAUCACUGCUUUGAAGGAGCCACCAAGAGACAGAAAGAAGGAGAAGAACGUCAAGCACAGCGGUAACAUCGCAUUGGAUGAGAUCAUUGAGAUCGCCAAGCAAAUGAAGGAGAAAUCUUUCGGUAAGAACUUGGCUUCUGUUACUAAGGAAAUCCUGGGUACUGCUCAAUCCGUUGGCUGCCGUGUCGACUUCAAGAACCCACAUGACAUCAUUGACGCCAUCAACGCUGGUGAAAUUGAAAUUCCAGAAAACUAA